UGAAGGCUCAAGGUGAGGGUCGACGGUUAAGCUUCAAUAAGUUAUUAUAUUGAGCUUAAUCACCAGAAAAUAUGUGGCGGAGGCGUAGAUAUAGUUAACGAGCGCCGCCGUGGGCCGGGGCAUCAAUGCCGGCUGGAGGCAUGUCCUCGGACAACAAAACCUGCUCCGAGGCUUCUUCCUCUCGCUUUCCGAAGAGCGUCGAGUGGUAGUGGUCGGUGGCCGCGCACCGUCAGUCUGCGCUUGCACACAGCGGCGCACGCGCACCGCCCGCCAUAUUGAUUCUCCGCUCGAUACCGCGCGUUGCCAUGACAACCGCGUAAACAAACGCUCGAUUCGCGGGAAUUUUCGGAACGUUUUGUAUUUGGACAAAAGUGCAUUGUUACACAGUAAACAUUCACACACGCAUGUUAAGAGGACUUAACUGAUAACAGAAGUCAUAUUUAAAUUGCCGAGUAAAUAUUAUUUGAAGGAUGGAAAAGGAGAAGAUCGUGUUUAAGGGCUCACACCCCGACAGUUUGUACCGCGUGCCGACCGGCGCGGGCGCAGGCGACGGUAGGAUGGCGAGGAUAAUGCGCGCGCUGCGGUGGCCGGCCGCGCUCCUCAUCGUCUGCGGCGCCCUUGCCGUCUUCGUCUACUUCCUUAUGCCAGAUAACUUGGAUGCAGACCAAGACGCAGUGAACAGCACGUACUGGGAGAACAAUAUUGUCAAAGCCGGCGUACCACUGCACAUACAGAGGACAGAGACUACACGCAAGCCUGUAGUAGAGACCAAAAAACCAGCACCCAUCGUGGUCAACAAUUCUGGUGCACCAAAAACACAAAAAACACCAGAAAUUGAUUUCUACGAUGCUGACAGCGAAAAGAGCUUUGAUCUAAUUUCAAUAAUUGAUUCUAUCUCAGAGAAGAAACCUGAUAGGAAAUUGCCUAUCCCUCCUGUGUUCCCGGUUCAUUUAACUCCUGAAGUCCAGUACGGAAAUGAGAAAGCCGACAAGGAUAAAGGUAGAACUCCCAAAAUAUUGGACAAUACAAACAAACUUCAUGAAGAUUCAACAUUGAAGCCGCAUAUAACUCAGAAACCAGAAAAACCGCUCGCGAUCUAUUUUAAAGAUGCGGUCACAACCGUUUUAAACUCUGAGACUUUCACAAAGGCCGAGUCGAGCAACGAUUAUACCGCUUAUGAAAAAUCCAAAUCUGAUGAGGAGCCGUCCUCUGCUGAUGCGGAAGAGAAACCGAAGCCUUAUCCAGUGUUGGACGCUGCGGUGCCGCCUGAGGUGCAGGAGUUCUACGGACACCGCCCGGCCGACGCCGGCACCGGCGUCCACUUCACCUCAGGUCAUUCUAAAUACUUUGGUAUCGGUAUUGAGGAUGCAGAGAAAAUGAGGUCAACCACCCAGAGCUCUAUUUACAACACUAGAGUUUCUCCAACUCUCCCUACUUGGCGCGACAACCACGAGUCCACCACGAAAAAUUACCCUAUAAAUAUAAACAUUGAUGUGCCUCAAUGUCACUCGCCCCGGCUGGCGCUGUGCCGUGGGGUGUUGCCGUACGACCUGGCUGGACCGGCGCCAACCAUCGGCGGCAUGGAGAUCACCUCCAUGCUUCAGGAGUUAGAGUAUCUGGUCUCCACCAACUGCAGUGAGCGGGUCCGCCAGUUCGCGUGCUCGCUGCUCGAACCUGAAUGUAACCCCCCGCCCUUCCCGCCGAAAACGCCUUGCUACAGUCUUUGCAAAGCCGUCCUAGACAGUUGCGAAGCCCACAUCGCGCCGUCAAUUCUGCCAGCGUUCCGCUGCAAGCAGUAUGAGAACAACAACUGUAUGAAGGCGCGUGCGCCGUGCUACAGACGCGAGGUGCCCUGCGGCGAUGGCACGUGUGUGCCGCGGGAGUGGGUGUGCGAUGGAACCAACGACUGCCCCGCCGGCGACGACGAGAAGCAGUGCAACGCUUGUGACAGCAAUCAGUUCCGUUGUUCAACCGGUCAAUGCAUCAUGCGGCGAUGGUUGUGUGACGGCUACUUGGACUGUCCGGACGGUGACGACGAGCGGGUGGAGGUGUGCGAGAAGGAAGGCGUAGCCCCGCGGACCACGCCCGGAGACGUCGAACCUGGAGAGGAGCCCGCGGGGUCCGCCCCGGCGCCCUCCGUGCGUCGCCCCAACCGCCUGCCCGAGGGUAAACGCAGGACUGAAAUCAGUACAGGAGACAACGACAGCAAGGAGGAAUUGCUUAUAACAAGCGACAGUAUCAACUCUUUGAAGAGGAACUACACGCGUCGACCAUCAAUGGCCCGAUUGACGCCUUACCGGCCGAAGUCGAGGACCAAAACCACGCCACCACCAGUAGACGACGAAGAAGACACAGACGGCAAAAAAGUAAAACCUUUAAUGCGCGAGUUUCAGUCAUCUGAAUCCAUAAAGACCACAUCCCCAAAAUGGACUCCAUCAAAUGACGGUAACAAAGAUCCACUAGACGACGAUGAUGAUGACCAGGUUAAACUCUUAGAAGAAAUGGAGAAGGUUGUUAAAGGACCGCCAGAUCUUACGCUACCGGAAUUUAGAACUGAAAAACCGAAAGUGCCACUUUCCAGUUUUUAUACAGCCAACCCCACGCCGCAAGAACUUGCUAAGAAUGUCUUGAAGACUGGUACUUUCGACAGGGUCAUUGAUGGUAGCGCAUUAUUAAAGAAAGCGAUAGAAGCACAAGAGGCUGAGAAAGCCAGGCUAGCCAACCUGACGACACCGGAGGAGUUCCCGAUCGACCGCACGGGUGCGACUGCGCACUCGUCGCCGUGCCCCAGCGGCGAGCUGCGCUGCGUCGACGGAUUAUGCAUCACUCUCGCGCAGCUCUGUGACGGCACCAUCGACUGCUCCGACCACGCCGAUGAGGACAACUGCUACACGUGAUCCAAAUGUAGCCAUAGUACAGUUAGCAACACGUUAUAGGCUAUCUAGUUAGUAGGGAAAAGUAGAGGCGGCAUUUUAAAUAACUAAUGCUUGAUGCACACCGUGGUUGGGAAUAUUUUAUAUACAAGUUGUGUGCACGCUUUCACAUAGGCAUUGGACGGGACUAAUGCGUGUUAUACAAGCUCUUGCUCCUCAGCCCAUAGCGCUCGCGAUACCGCCUGUGUGUACGAGUAAUAGAGAUCUUAUGUGUAACUACUGUAUUUAAAUUUCUAUUUCUAAGAGUCAAAGAUUGACAUAGGGUGCUUUGACUUUGGUCAGUACAAUCAAUUUUCUAUCGUCUGCACUACCGGACCAGACUAAUCAAUGUCAUCAUCACCAACCCAAUAACGUCCCCACUGCUGGGGCACGGGCCUUUCCUAUGAAUGGAUAAGGAGUAUCCCAGAACUAAUCAAUGUAAUCUUCCAUAAUGUUCUCUUUUGUGAGUAUAAGCACAACAAAUGAGGUUUUGAAGCAGGUGUACAUAAAGCAUUAUUUGUUGAGAGUGCUGCUUCUAGUUGUAACUGCAAGUUUUGAUUAAUUCUUUAUCGAAAAUCAUGCAGAUAUUGAACUGAACGUGAAUAUUAUAUGAGUGAUUUUUUUAACGAGUUAGUGUAAGAUGUUGAUAUGAAUAUUUUUAAGUUCUGCGAAUGCUUACCGUGACUAUAUUUAGCUAAUAGCAUAAAAUACUAUUCCGUCCAUUAUGGUAUAUCCUUAUCAUAUCCACUUUAGAAUCUUAUUUGUAUUCUAAGCAGUAAGUAAACUGUAUCCGCUCUGUUAAACCUCUUUUUAUGUGUAAGUACAUAUAAGUACCAAUACGCGAGUUUGGCCGGAUUCUUAUUACAGUACCACUAUCAUUAAUAUACCUGGGUACGCAUUAUAUAUUAGAUUAUUGCUGACAGUUAAUUACCCAGUGGCUGCAUCUCAAUAAAUGCACGCCAUAAGUAUUACAUACAAGAAGUUUUUUUUAUAUGUGCAGAGAAUGAAGCUCUUAAAAAAACCCUUUUAUGUAAUAGCUAAGUAGGUAUGGCUUUGUAAUAAUGGUAAUAUAUAAUGAAGACGUAGGUUACCUAUUAUGUUUUUAUUAGUUUUCCAUUUUGUGUUAACGACAAAAAUAUUCCUUGUUGUUUACGUCAUAUUGAGUAAUUAGUAUAAUUAUUAUACCUCUAUACCAACAUAUAUUAUACUCAGUUAUAAUGUAACAAUUAAUUAAUGCAAAUACUCGUACAAAAGUUAAAUUCUUCAUUUAGUGGCGCAUUUGUAAAUAUAGUAAGCGUCGAUUUAUUUAUAAUAAUUUAUAUUUAGGUAUUUUAAGGGUACAGUGGCGUUUGCAUGUGUAUAAGGCAAUUAGAUGUUUAAUAAUAUCUAGAAAUUAUGGUAAUUAUAUAAAAAAUAUAUUAAUAUAUAGUAUAUUAAUUUUCUGAUUACAAUAGGUAACUGUAGCGUUAUUCUUUUUGUAAUCCUGUUGUAUAUAUAUAUACUUUUAUAUCCUACUCUACGCUAUUUAACGUACGUAGUAUUAUUAGUGACAUAUCUCUCGUCUCUUUUUGUACUGAGCUGUAUACUUUUAGUGCAAAAGCCACAUGUGUCGUCUCUUUCGCUCUAGCUAGACUAUACUUAUACUAUAUAUCUGUCCUGCUGUCAUUCUAAUCAUACUACAUAAUAUAGGGUAUACGUACUCUCCGCUACACCAGUGGCUGAGCUAGGUUUACCCCACCCCCCUCGGUCUUACCAUAAUCUUCAAUCGUAAGGGUGUCAGACGUCACACACACAGAUGCGCGUGUACGAUAACGUCAAUGUGUAGUGUCUGUGUCAAACGAAAUCUUUUCUAUGAAGUGUCCGAGGAGUGACUGCGUAGUGGACUACACAGCAGUGGAUAAAUGUGUAAAAUAUUAUAGUUCACAAAAUAUAGAUGGAACGGAUAUUGGUGAAUAUAUUUUACGAAACAUUUCACGCUCUCAUCGUGCUUAUUUCUCCGUCAAUCAUCUUAAAAAACGCCUAUUCUUAUCGCGUAAAGUAAAAUUAAGUAACAUUAUAAUUGUGAAUAUUAGAUAGGUACCUAAGUAAGUAUAUCAAAUUUUGACAUUGUUUUUUAAGUCCAAAGUACCGUCAUAAUAAAACUGUAACAUAGAAUAUCUUCAGAAUGACAAACUCAAUAUUGUUAGCUGUUAAGGCAGGUUAAUUACAAUUAAUUUGCUACCAUUUAAUAUAAGAAUUGUAUGAGAUUGUUGCGUAAGAGCCGUGGUAGCCCAGUUGGUUUCUACCAACUCUGCUGUGCUUGCCGCUCACUUUGAGGUCGCAUGUUCGAAUCCAGCACAGGCCUAAACCAAUGAUUGUCGAAUUUGUUUUCGAAUUCAUGUUUGAAUCAUAAAUGAUUAUCAUGCGCUCAGCGGUGAAGGAAAACAUCGUGAGGAAACCUACGUUCCCGAGAAAUGCAUUUUCGGAGGUAUGUGACCUAGUCUGUAUUGGGCUGGUUUUCCCUUCGCGGGCUGGAAGGUCAGACAGGCAGUCGCUUCUGUAAAAAAUCGGGCCUGUCAAAUCUUCAGGUUAGGUAAGCGGACCCUGUGGAUAACGGGAUAAUGCUAGGGAGAUGAUGAUAAGAUUGUUGGGUAAGCGAAAUAUAAGUAAUAUUUGUGGACAGUCAGUUAUGUGGGUACACUUGAUAUUAAGUAUUGAAAUUGGAAAUUUACAAGCGCCAUUUUAAGAAAUUCUUAAAAUUAUAGGUAUUAAAAAUAGAUUACGUGUGAAAUGACACAUAAUUAUAAAGAUCUGAUGUUAAUUUAGACGCUAAGUUUUUACUGGUAAGCGAAUACAUUUUAUACUUACGUCAAUAAACUCUAUGCCAUGUCA